AUCAGUCAGUCAAUACCACUGUACGAUUUUGGCAAAUUAGUCUUUCAAAUUUGUUACGGAAAUCUGGACCUGUUGAAAAUUGAUAUUUAGUUACAGAAUGAGACAUUUAGUGGUAGUGGGUUUCCUAGCAUCAGUGCUGAUGAUAGCAUCGGUAUCUGGAAAUUAUGAUUACGCAGAAGUUAUAGAAAAAUCUUUAUUGUUCUACGAGGCCCAGAGAACUGGUUAUUUGCCACCUGACAAUAGGAUACCAUGGCGAGGCGAUUCUUUCGUAACGGACGUAGGAGACGAUGGUGAAGACUUAACUGGGGGAUAUUUUAGUUCUGAAGGUUUCGCUAAAUUUCAAUUCCCUGCUGCAUCCACUAUGACAUUUUUGGCUUGGGGUAUGUACGAUUCCAAAGAAGGAUACGAAAAGUCUGGACAAUGGGAGAACGCGUUAGCGUGCUUAAGAUGGGGAAUGGACUAUCUUAUCAAGACCCAUCCAUCGCCCAAUGUUUUGUACGUCCAAGUGGGAAACGGAACUGAGAAUUGGGGCUUUUGGGGACGACCAGAAGAAUGGACUGGAAGUAAUCCACGAAGUACAUUGAAAGCAACAAGGGAUUUUCCUGCUUCCGAAGUCGCAGCUGAACAGGCAGCAGCUAUGUCGGCAGCUGCGAUGGUGUUUAGGGACAAUGGGGAUAGAGAAUAUGCAAAUACAUUGUUGACUCAUGCUGUACAACUCUACACUUUUGCUACAAGAUUUCGAGGACAUUACAAUGAAUCUUUCCCUGAAGUAGCUCAAUUCUACAAUUCUUGGAGUGGUUUUGCGGACGAAUUUCUUUGGUCAGCUGCUUGGCUUUUUAGAGCCACCGGAAAACCUUUUUACAGAGCACAAUACAACCAAUGGUGGACGGAAUUUGGCCUAAGCUGGCGACCAUCACAAGCAUCUUGGGAUUUGAAAUUGGCUCAGGCCCAAGUUCUGUUGGCUAGAAUCGAUGGAUCUCCUCAGUACGUCAACGCUGCUCGUACCUUCUGUGAUUGGGCUGCAAAUGAGGCUCCAAAAACACCGUUAGGUCUAUUUUACGCAGGCGACUGGGGUACCAAUCGAUACGCAGCUAACGUUGUCUAUGUCUGUCUACAAGCUGCACGUAUCGGUAUAAAUGCUGAGUCGUACUUAGAGUUUGCCGAUAGUCAAAUCGGUUAUAUGCUUGGAGAUACAGGAAGAUCAUUUGUUGUUGGUUUCGGCAACAAUCCUCCAGUCAAUCCUCGUCAUUCAGCUUCAUCAUGUCCCGAUCGACCUGCUCCUUGUGAUUGGAAUAAUUACGAUACUGAUGAGCCGAAUCAUCAAACAUUAUUUGGUGCCCUUGUAGGAGGACCGGACAGAAAUGAUCAAUAUAACGAUCGGCGUACUGAAGCUCAAAUGAACAGAGUUUCUCUUGACUACAACUCCGGUUUUCAGUCAUCUGUCGCUGAACUCUGUGCACUAUAUUGUGACUAGAGCAAUUGUCUCAAGACAUUUUGUUUUUUUUUAAUUAAAAUUUUACCUCUACAAAAAAGCAUUGUUUCAGU